AUGUUGAUAUUUCCAAUACUUUGUGCACUUUAUGCAAGUUCAGUUUGGAUAUUAAUCACAUGCUCAGAAAGAACUGGACAGAGUAGAAUUAUCGAUGAUGAUGAUGAUGGUAUAGAUUUUGAAGAAAAUAGAGUAUUGUUUGAUGAGGAAGAAGAGUUUAUAAAAGCUGAACUUGACACGUUUAACUCAAAUUCUAAUUCUGAUUCGGCAUAG